GGAAAAAACACAUAGGGGGUUCUUCACUUUCAACCAUCCUCAGAGCUGUCGAAGACGAGAAGAGCUCAUCGAAGAGAAAAAAGCUCAAGAGGAAUUCCUAAAUCAUGGCUCUCGUGGCGAAUGAAGAAUUCCAGCACAUUCUGCGUAUUCAGAAUACCAACGUCGAUGGUAAACAGAAGGUGAUGUUUGCCUUGACUUCCAUCAAGGGUAUUGGCCGCCGUUUUGCUAAUAUUGUCUGCAAGAAGGCCGAUGUUGACAUGAAUAAAAGAGCUGGUGAGCUUUCCAAUGCUGAGAUUGAUAGUUUGAUGAACAUAGUGGCCAACCCUCGCCAGUUUAAGAUCCCAGACUGGUUCCUUAACAGGCAAAAGGAUUACAAAGAUGGCAAGUACUCCCAGGUUGUGUCCAAUGCUUUGGAUAUGAAGCUGAGGGAUGACCUUGAGCGCCUGAAGAAGAUUAGGAACCACCGUGGUCUGCGACAUUAUUGGGGUCUCCGGGUUCGUGGUCAGCACACCAAGACUACUGGAAGAAGGGGAAAGACUGUUGGUGUCUCCAAGAAGCGUUAAGGAUUGGCAUUUCUUUGUAGGACCUUGUUGUCAAUUAUGAAUUUUGCUUUCACUCAUUGCUCUUAGCUUAAUAUUAUGGUGAAAAAGGUAAUGGAUGUGUGGUUUUGUUGCUUGAGCAUUAUAUUGCUUAUUGAAGAUGUUAUAUAUUUUGACUUUUGAGCUGAGUACUGGAUGGCAUGCUUUUAACUUCUCAUUUUCUGGAAAAUUAUUUUCUGUGAGCUUCUUCUUUGAGUUAAGAGUUUUUCCUGAGUUGAGGUAAAUUUAGAAACGAUGAAGUCAAAAAGGUGAAGUUGAGAUAGAAUUUUGAUUAUGUCCAAUCCAUACCAUCCUUUGAAAGGUGAAACACAAUCGCUCUUAUUUGCUAACGUCUCCUAGUUUCCUUCUCCCAUCAACAGCGCCUCCCUUCUCCGCGCCCAUCUGCCGUCUAGGUAGCCUGCGCCUGAUGUAACCUCACACUUUUUCAUAUAUACUCCCUCCGUCCUAUAAUUAUUGUCCUGUUUGAAUCUUCAUUUUUAGUUCAAAUUGUACUAAAAGUGAAAAC